AACAGCGUUGUGCUCACCGUUACUGUAUGGAAAGCGAUAGCAACCUUUUGACAGACGAUGUCUAUAAGUAUCUGGUGGAGGGGACCUACUCUUCAGGGCUUACUGCCAAUCAGAAGAGAACAAUCAGGAAGCCGAAAAAUUUACAGUUAGAGACGGAGAGCUUUAUUACAAGAAGGUUUCGAGAGGAAAGAAGGUUACAGAGGUUCGAUUUAUUAAAACUAAAGAAGAACGGAAGAAAAUUCUUCGUGCAUGUCACGUGGAUCCGACGUCCGGGCACAUGGGGCUGAAGAAGACGUUGAAAAGGAUAAACGAGAGGUUCAUGUGGCAUGGGAUUGUUCAUGAUACGCAAACUAUGAUCAAGACUUGUAAUAUUUGUCAGAGGGCAAAUAGGGAGAUGACAACUUCAGUUCCAGAGCUUCACCCAAUACCAGUCAAGCUGCCUUGGUACCAUAUAGGAAUAGACUUUGUGGGACCAAUUACACCUGUCUCAACAGAAGGGCAAAGGUUCAUACUCACUAUCAGUGAUUACUUUUCAAAGUGGGUGGAGGCAGUUGCACUUCCCAGCAAGUGUGCAAGCGAUGUUGCAAGAGCGCUUUUCAAAAUUUUUAUGCGAAUGGGUCUCCCUCAGGUGAUUACAACAGAUCAAGGAAGCGAAUUCAGAAACAAACUGAACAGAGAACUUAUGCACAGUUUAGGAAUAAAACACCGUUUAACGACUGCAUACCACCCACAAGUAAGGACUCGAUGACUUGAAUAACUUCAUCAGAAAAACAUUAACGUAUACAUUUAUUUGCUUGUUUUGUAAGCUAAUGGCUUAGAUGAAAGGUUCUAUCAGACGUUGCAAACCAUGCUUGUUAAGUACGUGGAAGAAAAGAAAUAUGCUUGGGCUGACUUCUUGGAUACUUGCAUAUUUGCUUACAACACCUCACAACAGGAGUUAACACUUUACUCUCCUUUUGAAGUGAUGUUUGGUAGAAAAGCAACCAUUCCAAUUGACAUUGAUGUGCUGAAGAGUGAACCUUAUAGUCGUCUGCAGCAAUAUCUGCAGGGCAAUCAACUGUCAGCAUCAACAAUGAACAUGCUGACUGAUUGUCGAAAGGAGAUAGUGGAACAAGUCAAGAAGAACAUCAAGCAUGCCCAGGAGAAACAGAAGGAGUAUUAUGACCAUAGACGAGCUAAUCCAUCAUUGUACACCAUUGGAGCAAAAGUUCUUAAGAAGGACUUCUUACGAAGGAAGAGACUAACAGACAAACACAUUGAUGCAGCUCGAGAACUGCUGACAAAAUGGUUUCCACAUGUUCGAGGACUACAGUGCACCUUGCUGUCUCAAAGUCAGACAUUCGAAAUUCAAACUGGAGACUUUGCCCAAAUUUUAAACACCGUCGGACACUGGGUGGCAAUAGCAAGGACUGGUAGCCCAAGUGAUGAUGUCAACGUUUAUGACAGCUUAUAUAGUGUGUUACCUACAUCAACAAAAGAGUGCAUUGCAGGAAUAGUCUUCACAUCAAAUGAAGCGUUUAACCUGCGAUUCAUGGAUGUACAAAGACAAUCCAAUGGGAGUGACUGUGGACUGCAUGCCAUAGCAAUGCUCACAGCCUUAUUGCAUGGAGUCAACCCUAGUGAGGUGUCUUUUCAUCCUAGACAACUAAGGAGACACUUUCUCAUGUGCCUUCAGAAAGGUGAAAUGUCAAUGUUCCCCAUACUAAGAAGAAAGAGAUCUGCAGCUCCUGCCAAACGCAUCGAGACUGUACAUGUGUAUUGCAAGUGCAGAAAACCGGAAGGAGGAUCUCCAAUGGUGGCAUGUGAGUCCUGUGGUGAAUGGUUCCAUAAGAGAUGUGAAGAUGUUUCGGACAUAAUUUUUAGCAAUAAAAAGCUAUCUUGGUUAUGUUCAAAGUGUAAUGCUGUGUGAGUUACCUGUAGUUUAAUUGAGUGUUGUUUAGGGCCACAGAUCAAUAGAAUAUAUAUUACUUGCAUCCUGUCCACAGACAAAUGUAGUUUGAAUUCAUACACACUUAUCGCUAUGCGCAUCUAACGAGAAAUAAAUAC